AUCGCAUUGUCUACGGUGUCUACGGUCGUCGUCGGGGGAGUCCUCCUGAUCUACUUCCUGCUCGCCGACUUUCUCGCGCUCCCAUCGCCACUCGACGCCAUCGCGCUGAUGGCGGGUCGCCUCUUCGGUCCCGCGGCGCGCGAACGCCUACAAAACGCCUUUGCGACGACGCCGCGACAGGUCGUGAGCCAGGUCCGGAACCGUGCCGCGUCGAUAGUUGGACGGGCGCCGCCCCGUGUCGGCGGCGGUGGCGUGGUCGGCGGCCUCUGGAACGUGGGUAAUACGUGUUAUCAGAAUUCGGUGCUGCAGGCGCUGGCGAGUCUGGAGGGGCUGAAGUCCUGGUUGGAUGCGAUCGAGGAUGGGAUCACGGCGGAGGCGCUGGGCGAUCUCGUCGAGGAGCUGAAUACUGUUUCGGACCGGCCCAAGGUCGAGACUGCGAGUGCGCUGAUCACGCAGGCUAGUGGCGGCACGCGGGGCUGGAUGUUUAAUGAACAACAGGAUGCGCAGGAGUUUCUCCAGGGCUUGAUGGGCGUGUUGGAGAAAGAGGUUGGGGCUAUUGAAGAGCGGAGGAAGCAGGAUACGACCGUGGGGUUGGAGGGGAUAUUAGGGCGGAAGGAUUACAUGGUGGCGCAAGAUACCUCGCUGAGGAGUCCCUUUGAAGGGCUGUUGGCGCAGCGGGUCGGAUGCUUAAAGUGUGGAUAUGUCGAAUCGAUAUCUCUGCAGCCCUUUACGACCUUGUCGCUACCAAUACCAAAUGCCUGGGCCACAACACUGGAGGACUGCCUCCACGGUUUCACCGAAAUCGAAAACAUUCCGGAAGUGGACUGCGACAAAUGCACUCUCCUUUCGAUCCGCGACCGCCUCAUCGAGUUCCGUGCAUCUUUAUCAAGUGCACCACGUGCGCCAUUAUCACCCACCAAUUCGGACCCUGAGAGCGACAACGAGAAGUCGCCACCGCCGCAAGCAUCGCAAGCGAUGAUAGAAACUAUCGCUACGCGCCUCGAAGCUAUCGAGGAAGCUCUCGACGACGAUAAUUUCUCGCCGCGCAUUUCUGGCGUCAAACUGGACGGUUCGCUUAAGGUCUCGUCUACAAAGACGAAGCAGGUGAUGAUUGCGCGUGCACCACAAGUGCUGGUGCUACACACCAACCGGAGCAAGUUUGACCCGCUCACGGGGACGGUGGGGAAGAACUAUGCUGCUGUCAGAUUUCCGGCCAUUCUCGACUUGGGUGCGCUUGGCGUCGUCACGAGACACGAGCAGCUCUCUACGAAUCCUGGUCGAGCGAUCAGUGACUCUAGAAAAGAGGAUGAGAAUGUCGAGGACGAUAUGAUGGCUGCUGGCGGGGAAGGAGUAUAUGAGCUCCAAGCUGUGGUCGCCCACUACGGCGGUCACCACAACGGCCACUACGUUGCCUACAGGAGCUGGGCCGACCGGUGGUGGAGGAUCAGUGAUCACGAGGUCAUUGCUUGCCAUGAGGAAGAUGCCCUCGGCGCUUCAAACGCAUUCAUGCUAUUCUACGAGCGCGUCUCG